AUGGUGCAACCGAGGAAUUGGGUGCAAAGGGUCAGAAAUGGAGAGAUUGAUGGCCCUGAGGAAGUGGCUGAGGCGGGAAGAGAACCAAAUUGGAUGAGUGAUGUUGUUGCCAAUGGGUUUCAAAAUGUGGACGAUGAAGAAAACGAUGACAGUGAGGAUGAGGAAGUAGAAUAUGAGGAUGAUGGCUUUAUUGUAGCUGAUAAUCAGGAUAUGGAUGAGGAAGAUGAUGAAGACGAAGACGACGUGGAUAAUGAUGAGGUAGGUGAUGGUGUGCCACAUAGGAAUGGGUUGCUGAGGAACAUCCUCACUGGAGAGAUUGAUGGGCACGAGCAGGGAGAGGAUGAUGGCGAGAGCGGGGAAGAAGAGGAACAAGGCGUUGAGGAUGGUGAAGACAAGGAUGAUGAUGACGAUGAUGAUGAUGGAGUAGGGCAUUUAGCUCAACCCGUGGCAGAAGCAAUCGAAGUAGAUGAGGACACUGAAAGCGAAGCAGAAUUUGAGGAUGAUGAACUUCAGGUUGUUUAUUCAGUUGCAUCAUCUAGCCAACUUAAGAGGAAGAGAGAUGAGGAUGACGAUGGUGACUCUGUCUCCAAUUCUUCAGACAACAAUGAUGAUGAUGUUUCAAGUGGUGGCGACGAUGAUGAUGAUGAUGAUGAUGAUGAGUAG